AUGGAAGCCAACGCUGUUAACCACAAUUCAAACAUUAACAAUUCUCAACCGCUAAACAAAGCCAAAGCCCCACAACCUCCAAGAACUGGCACAGCGGUUAGAAUAACCACCAAAAAAUCUAACAGCGAAUUAAGAGAAAUUCUUCAACAAAUUUGCUCUAAAUAUCUCAAAGACGCCGAAGAAAACACACAACCAGACGCUACAUACAAUACUCAGUUCUGUGAAGUUCUGAACAAAGCAAUUACUAGUUCAAUUGAACUUACUAAGACAAUUCCAAGUCCAAUUGAGCUUAGCGAUGUCUUAGUUCAGUAUUUUCCAACAUUUACUAAGCUUAUAAUGUUGAGAACUUUAUACCAAGUUCGUCAAAAUCUUCCUCGUUACAUCCAACGGUCAUUCGACACGAGAAUUGCCGAAUUCCAAGUCUUUAGUUACGGAUAUGACGAAGAUGAAUACGUUGACGAGUUCGGAGGAGGAAGAAGAGGAGGAGGAAAUACAAGACUCUAUCCAAGAAGAGUCCUCCGAAUUCACACCAGAAGACUAACAAUUUUCCGAAUAAAAACUUCAUUUAUACUAAACAUCUUCGGGGCUAGAGGGCGCAACGCGCCUGGAAGCCCCACUCGCCUGCCUAAAGAGAUAUUAUUUAAUAUGAGAUACACACUUUUUAUUCGGAUAUCGUUUGCUUUCAAUUUUUUCCAAAGUAAUUCAAUUUUUCAAUUAGACGUGGGCAUCUGA